AUGUCUCAAAGUAAUUAUUCCAACAAAAUGAUCUGUUCUUUAACUAGUAUAUUAACGCAAGCAAAUAAAUUUCAUGAAGUAUUAUCCAAAGACGAUUUGUGGUCUAGUUGUUACGGAAAUGAUUACCUUUCAAUGUUGUAUCUUGCUGAUUUACACAAUCCAUGGCUGCAAAAUAAACUUUUCUUUGAUAUUGAUGCCAACAAAGGUUAUACUAUAGCUUCAUGGCUAUCUAUAUGGAUGCCUGAAAAGAAUGUUGAUCCGAAAAGCUUGUACAAAUAUCUCUCUCAUAUUUUAAAGAUCAAUGAUUGUGGUGUUUGCUCAGAUUGCAAUGAAACAAUACUGAAUACUGUACAGAUAAAUAAUCCUACAUAUAAAAGACUCACAAUUCAUGCGUUCGAACCGAUGAAAAGUACCUACGAGAUACUCGAUCAAGUACGCACUUGGAUGAAUCUCUCUACGUUAUAUGUUCAUCAAUUAGCAAUUAGUAAUAGCACGGGUACGGCUAACAUGAAGAAAUGUCCUGCGGGAGGAGAAGUAUGUGGAUUGAUAACUAACGAUGACACUGCACGCAACGAUAAAGUAUUUCAAACGCCGACAGUAACUCUUGAUGAUUUUAUUGAACAAAAAAAAAUACAACAGAAAAUAGAUUUACUCAAAAUUGAUACGGAAGGCGCACAUCCACUUGCUCUCCAAGGAGCAAAGAAACUAUUCUCAAGAAAGCAAAUUAUUAGAUUACUUAUAUUUGAAAAUCAUGGAAUCAGUACUUGGAAAACAACUAGUCUAUUAACAGUAAUUGACUUUCUAGGCAAAGAAGGCUUUAUCUGUUAUAUGCUUGGUAAAACAGGUUUAGCACGUUUGACAAACUGUUGGUCGCCUGUAUUUGAAGUGAAGUCGUGGAGUAAUGUCUUAUGUGUUCAUAGAGAAGAAGAACAUCUUUGA